AUGGAGUACUGGCUCACUCUUCUUGGGGUUCUGCUGUUGACCUCUUAUCGAAUAGCGGCAUCUACAAAGGAGAUCGACGUCUUUUUAAGUGAUAGCGUCCAAGUGCCUAUUAGCACGUUCCUGCUCAAUCUAUCCGACAACUUCGAGAUCAUUGUUCGGAGCACCGACGUUGAAUAUAGUACAUUUUGCUCUAAAAUUCCUCGCUCUUUUGUUGAGGUGGAAGGACAGACGGCUCUUUUCAUAGUUUCGUCUACUUUCGGAAAUCCUCUUUGCGAAAAGAAUGUUAAAGGAAAUGUCGUGCUAGCGAAACUCACAGGCCAAACCAUAACCUAUGGAAGUGCCUUCGUGCAAGAGAGUGGUCUUAUAGAGGGCCAGUUCACUGAUCUUGUUGAUUACCUCAACAGCAUCACCUUUGUCAGAGAAAUUGUUCACAAUGUAGGAGACACUUACGUCGGAAUUAAGGAGCGUGUUAGUCUCUUAAAUCCAAUUGUAGUACCAUAUUGGGUUGCUAUACCCGUAAUUGUGCUAUUGAUAAUUUUGAUUUGUGCCAGCUUUUUUUUCUACAUCAAAAGGCCAAAACACAUUGAACCAUCGUAUAUGGAACUGGGAAAAGGAAGGAAGUUGCACAAAUUGAGGGAAGAUGUAGAAAACAACACCGAUGUCACGGGAAAGCACAGAACUAAAAAAAGCUCCGCAAGCGAAGAGCGGUCUAAAUCAAGAGGUAGCAGGAGGGAGGGCAAUUCCAGAUCGCAAGUAGAAAGCGAUCGUGAGAAAGCUAAGUUCUCGUCAAAAGAAACUUCUGCAAAAAGAAAGAGAGCCGAGAAAGAAGAUGAGUCUUCUUCAAAAAAAGCUCCUGCGAAGAAGAAGAACGCCUCACAACUGCCAAGCGAGUUGAAGAAGCGCGGCCGUCUUGAAGUGAUUGCCAAACCUGUAACGUCUGCCGAAUUUGAAAUGCAUCUGCAUCGGCUUGCUCAGUUUACUGUCGACUACUAUAACAAUCCGACGGUAUAUAAUGUGACGCCGGACGUGCAACCCGGUUUUUUGUACAAUGGCAUGCCCAAGAAUGGCCCGGAAGAUCCAGACGAUUUUGAUACAAUAUUCGAAGACAUCAAAAGUAAAAUUAUGCCUGGCCUGACGCACUGGCAGCACCCAAAUUUCUUCGGAUAUUACCCGAUUGGACGCUGUUUUCCGGAUAUGCUCGCAGAUUUCCUUGUUUCAGCGUUGACGGUCAUCGGAUUUUCUUGGGACUCCUGUCCAGCGCUGACAGAAAUAGAGCAAGCUAUGAUAAACUGGGUUGGAAGAGCAUUUGGAUUGCCAGAAACCUUUCUGUUCCAAGACUCGCCUGAAUCUAGCCAAGGCGGUGGAACAGUGACAGAAUCAGCGUCGGAUGCAAUUUUUUGUGCUCUUCUUGCUGCGAGACAGUGGAAGAUAAAUCAGGUAGUUGAAGAGCAGCGACGUAGUGGAGUAGUGAAAUACGAUACAAUACAUGAUAUUGCAAAACGAUUAGUUGUAUACUGCAGCAAAGAUGCGCAUUCUUGUAUUGAAAAAGCUUGCAAACUUGCAAUGCUUAGAUGUCGUCCGAUACAAGCAAAGGAAGAGAAUCAGUGGGGCAUCACUGGGGAGCAAAUAGAAGAACGCAUAGAAAAGGAUCUCAAAAGAGAUCUGAUACCUUGCUUCAUUCAUUGUACACUGGGGACAAUUCCAACCGCUUCUUGUGACAAACUAACAACGAUAAGUCCUGUUGCGAGCAAGUAUGGAACGUGGCUACACGUUGAUGCUGCUUACGCUGGAGGGACUUUUGUAGAGCCAAAGUAUCGCGACGUAGCAGAAGGUUUAGAAGCCGCUCACACUAUUAACAUCAAUCUUAGCAAAUUUCUGCUUCAUUCUGCUACAUUAUCAAUUAUUUGGACCCGUGAACAGAAAAUUUACAAAGACGCAUUUGCUGGCAAUCCUGCGUACUUAAAACCAUCUAGAGCGACUAUAGCGGACCAAAGGGAUUGGGGUCUCCACUUAAGUCGCCGUUUCAAAGCGCUCAAAAUAUGGUUUAUCCUACGUCUCUGCGGUGUUGAAAGCCUCCGUCUAUACGUUAACAAGAUAUGUGAGAUGGCAAGCUAUUUUGAGUCACUUGUAGACCAACAUCCAAAUUUCCAAAUCUUCACAACCAGAAAUUUUGGGUUAUUUACAUUUCAGUACAUUGAGCCAAAUUUUUCAAAAGAAGAGAGGAACCUUCACACACUUCGGCUUCUUCGUUUCUUCAACGAGUCGCAUAAAAUCUACUUUACGCAUGGAAAACUUGCUCGAAACUUCAUCAUUCGUGUCUCAGUUGGUUAUGAAAGAACGACGAAGGAAACAAUUGAUAGUGCCUUUAACAUAAUGAAGACAUUGACUGAAGAUUACAAGAAAAGGAAACAUGAUCCAAUGCUGGUUAGACCUCAUGCGAGGAGUUUUUCGGAAGGUUCAGCACCUCCCACAGAUGCAGACGUCAGUGUCGCCAUUAUCAAAAAGGUGAAGAAAGCCGAGGAACAGGCCAAGAUGACAGAACAGUCGGAAGACAUAAAGACUGCACGGGCUACAUCACCUGGGAUGACAGAAAAAUCGGAAGAAAACAUAAAGACUGCACGGGCUACAUCACCUGGCCCUUCCGCACCUCCAAAACCUGCCGAGUUAGACGUUGCUGAAAAGGUUACCUCUGAAGAACAAACGGCAUCCACUGAGGGUGAUAUACAUACUGCUGUUUCCUCUACCCCCAAGAAAGACGUUGUCGAAGAUGCAUCUCAAAAAACUUAG